AUGAUGACGCACUACUGUACAUGGCUGUUUGCAGCAGCCACUCUGUUCUCCCCUAUUACUGCUGCAACCGCAACACUGAGCGAAUGCCUCGAGUCUCGUCAGGUUCCUGUAUAUGCAGCAGGCACCAAAAACUACACACAGGCCGUCAAGCCCUUCAACCUUCGUUUACCGUUCGUACCGGCUUCGUACGCCGUACCACAGACGGUUAAGCAUGUUCAGGAUGCUGUAUCUUGCGGGGUCGCGAGUAGUGUUAAAGUCACUGCCAAGUGCGGAGGCCACAGCUACGGAGCACAUGGUCUUGGAGGAGAGGACGGACAUUUGAUUGUCGAUAUGCGUCGCUUCAAUAGCGUGACUGUGGACCAAGAAGCACACACAGCUGUCGUAGGAGCUGGUGGUAGACUGGGAAAUAUUGCUCUGGCGCUGUACGAUCAGGGCAAGCAAGCCAUCAGCCAUGGAACCUGUCCUGGUGUCGGCGUAGGCGGUCUCACACUCCACGGCGGUUAUGGCCUCUCAUCCCGCCUGCACGGCCUAACACUCGACCAACUCAUUUCCGCGACCGUGGUCCUCUCCAACAGCAGUGUAGUAACCGCCUCACCAACCUCCAACCCCGACCUCUUCUGGGCCCUCAGAGGCGCCGGUGCCGCCUUUGGUAUCGUCACCGACUUUAAGUUCAAAACCUUCACGGCCCCAGAAAACAACCUCGUAUUCUCCUACAGCCUCUCCCCAAGCAACACCUCUCAACUCGCCAACAUCCUUACUGUGCUCCAAGACUUCACCACGCACGACCAACCCCCCGAACUGAACAUGCGCAUGUUCCUUCCCAAUCAAUUAACCGGCGUAUACUACGGCAACCGCACAUCCUUCGACACCAUCAUGAACCCACUACUCACCAAGCUCUACAUCCCGCUUUCUGGUCGCGGCGCAGGUACCGUUUCGGCAAAGGGAUGGAUCAACACCUUGACAUCCUUCUCCAACGGUCCGCUGCCCCAACCAGAGCUAUACGAUUACCACGAGAACUUCUACGCCAAGUCACUCAUGCCAGAGUACUUGACCCCCACUGCCAUGACAGCAUUGGCAGAUUACUAUUUCACGACGGCGCGUUCCAUCCGCGGACGCUCAUGGUACUUGUUAAUCGACAUGCACGGCGGACAGGGCUCAGCCAUUUCUUCGGUACCCGCUGAUGCAACAUCGUACUCGCAUCGCAAAGCUGUCUUCAAGAUGCAGUUCAACGACCGCAUUUUCCCUGAUAGCGCCACGUUUAAACCGGAGAUGAUGGAAUUCUUGAACGGCUGGGUCGAGGCCAUUGAGAAGGCUAGUAAAGGGGAGGAAUUCGGCAUGUACAUUAAUUAUGCUGAUACGAAUCUUACCAAGACGGAGGCACAUUCAAGGUAUUGGGGGGAGCAUUAUGAAAGAUUGGUGGGGAUCAAGGGGGUUUAUGAUCCGAACAAGGUUUUUGAGGGACCGCAGUUGGUAGGAAGUUGA